UGUGGAUGGAGUGGCUCUUUAAACACAUCGAAUGCCACCAUGCACGCGCAAUUCUCGUCCCUCGUGCCCACCUCUCUCUCUCUCUCUCUCUCUCUCUCUCUCUCUCUCUCUUUCUCUGAGGUAAUUUGUGACGCAGGCCACUCGCGAUAAACAGCUGCCUCUCGGAUCCCGGGCAGUCUCGAGGACAUGGAUGCCAAAGCGGGCGCGUUUGGCGCGGGACGGGCUGGCGCGGCGUUCGAUCCGGUGUCCUUCAUCCGCGAGCCGCGAACCAUCUUACGCGUGCUGUCUUGGGUGUUCUCCAUGGUAGUCUUCUCCUCCAUCAUUAACGAGGGCUACGUUAACUGGGGCAGUGAGCGCCUUCACUGCAUCUUCCACAAAAACUACGACGCCUGUAACUACGGCGUCUCCAUAGCGAUGGUGGCCUUCCUGGCCAGCGUGGCCUUGGUGGUGCUCGAUGUCUACUUCCCCCAGAUCACUAGCGUACGCCACCGCCGCAGAGUAGUGCUACUGGAGCUAGCAUUCUCAGGGCUGUGGACGUUCCUGUGGUUCGUGGGCUUCUGUUUCCUGGCCAAUCAGUGGAGCCAGACCACAUCAGAGGAACUUCCUCUGGAGCAAGCAGCUGAUGCAGCUCGAGCGGCUAUCGCCUUUAGCUUCUUCUCCAUACUGACCUGGGCUGCCCUCACCUUAUUGGCUCUUCAGAAGUUCCUGCAGGGAACCGACCUAUCGCUGUUCAGCGGCCCACUCCAGAAUGGCCACGCCCCCAAGCAGCCCUGCUCUCCCUCUGACGUGAUUGGCCAGACCACCGUCACCAUCAAUGACUAUAAGACUCCACCAUUGGUCCAGACCCUGGAGACACGCCCACCCGACUACCAAGCCCCGCCUCCUGCCUUCUGAUGUGGCCGUGAUCACAUACACACACACACACACCCCAGCACACACAAACACACACACACACCCACCCCAGCACACACAGACACACACCCCAUCAAACCACAAACACACGCACACACACACACACACAAACUAACAGUACACAGUCACUCAUACAAAUACACAUUAUAUCAAACAUCACCACACACACACACUUUGUACCAUAGACACAUACAGUAUCUCUCUAUAUCUCUCUCUAUCUCCUUCUCUCUCUCUCUCUAUCAGGCAAACACACACACACACACACACACACACACACACACACUCGCUUGCACACGCAUGCAGACAUAGUCAUUUGAUUUUUUUGUCUGGAGAAUGUAACGGUUCACUGCACGGCUGUGUGUGUGUGUGUGUGUGUGUGUGUGUGUGUGUAUGUGUGUGUGGUCUUACCAACAUCCAAUAGGCUCCAUGCAUGACUUCAUUUUGGAUUCCCUUCCUGGGCAAUCAACUUCCUGUUCACGCUGUACACAGUAGGCUAUGACAGAAACAACUACUUCCUGUUCACGCUGUACACAGUAGGCUAUGACAGAAACAACUACUUCCUGUUUACGCUGUACACAGUAGGCUAUGACAGAAACAACUACUUCCUGUUCACGCUGUACACAGUAGGCUAUAACCAGAGCCCAUUUAUGGAGAGCCGGUCCACUUGCUAUUAACUCCAUUGUACCUGCAGUUCCUGUUGCAGUUCCACUAGGGGCGAUCACGAGCAAGUGAUCAAACAAUGGGGGUCUAUGGGGCUAGACGGCUAAAUUGGUCUGUUUCACCUUAUUGCCAUUGAAAAAUCGAAGAUUGGAUUUUAGUUUCUGCAAGCUCAAUAUGGG